AUGGUUCAGCCUCAGAUAGAAAUAUUUGUUCGGGCUUUGUCCCGCAUGCUGAGCUGGUCGGCAUCGUUCUACCCUCAGAUUGUAAUCAACUACAGACGUCAAUCGACGUCAGGACUUUCGAUUGACACACCUACCAUUAAUACCUUGGGGUUCGCAUGUUACACGAUCUACACGGCGACCUUUUUGUAUUCGCCCAUGAUCCGUGAGCAGUAUGCGGCCCGGCACCCGGCAUCCGAGGAGCCUACCGUGCGCUUGAAUGACUUUGCAUUCGCUGUUCAUGCCGUGGUCUUGUGCUUCAUCAUAUACACACAAUUCUGGCCCUCCAUAUGGGGGCUGCACGUAUCUCGUUUCCAAAAGAACAGCAAGACCAUGCUCGCCCUAUUCUGGGGAUGUGUCUUGGCGCCCGUGGUCGUGAUCUGGAUCGUGCUUGCGAAGAGCCCAGACGGGGGGUACGACCCGUCGACAUGGGCGUGGAUCGAUGUGAUCUAUGCCGUUUCUUAUAUUAAGCUCGUCAUCACGGUUCUCAAGUACGUGCCGCAGGCAUGGUUGAAUUAUAAGCGGAAGUCGACCUACGGGUGGAGCAUCAUCCCAAUGCUUCUAGACUUGAACGGCGGUAUUCUGUCACUGGUGCAGUUGGUGCUUGACUCAAGCCUCCAGAGCGACUGGAGCGGCAUUACGGGCAAUCCAGUGAAGCUUCUUCUAGGCAACGUCACCAUCUUCUUCGACCUGAUCUUCGUUGUGCAGCACUACAUCUUGUACCCGGAUACCUUCGAUGUGAAGAAGCCCCAAGACGGAGAGACCCGUCCCUUGCUCGUCGACGCAGCUCGGUAG